AACACCAGAUAUUUUUCCCCUCGGAAAAUCAUAAAGUGAUCGUUGCCGGGCGGGGUGACUCAGAGCCACAAGAUUUGGGCGGGAAUGGGUCUUAGUUUUUAAUAGGCAAUAGGUUGGUUUUAUCAACAAGGGCACAUGACGAGCUCACGAAGUCAAGGAUUUGGCCGGGGGGCGGGGAAGGUGGUGUAUAGGAUGGGUGUAUGUGAGGAAUGUUACAGUCAGUCUCAUCAGUAUCUCGACUGAGAGUGUGCUGGACCUGCUAAUCCUUGGUCACCAUGAGAGGUUGCUCUUUGGUCCUAUUUCGAUACGUCUUCCUGAUUACAGUCUUCGAAACAGUUGCUCGAAAACGCUUCCAAGACUCAUUCACUGGUGAUAGCAAAUUAUCGCUUUCACGACUUUCUGGCCACCUUGCUGGUUGGCAUCCUAACAAUAAUGUCUGGAAUGAGAAACUUUAUCCCAAGUGGAAGAGAAAUGACAUCCGAUGGAAAAACUGCUGGAAAGGAGGAAAAGUCGUUGCCCACUUGGGCAAUGAUGGGCCUACACUGGUUAGAGCGAAUGUAACUUUUAACGUGGUGCUUAAAUUACCUAAAUGUCAAAAAGAGGAUGAUAAUGGUGAUAUCGUUUAUGACGAAAACUGCAAAAAUGCAUCUUCAUUCUUUCCUGGUCAAUAUGUAUAUAACUGGAGUUCCUGGAUUGAUGAAUAUGGUUGGUUUAACCACACCACGUUUACCAAAUAUAAUGUCUUCCCAGAUGGUCAUUCUUUUCCUAGACACAUGGAUUGGAGGCAUAAGAACUUUGUCUAUAUUUGGCACACCCAAGGCCAAUACUAUCAAAAUAUUGGGCGAUCCAGUAUGACUCUUUCUAUCAAUACGACCAACAUCACACUGGGUGACCAUAUGAUGGUUGUGUCUGUCUAUCGAAGAGAUCACCAUAGAAAAAAAUACAUUCCAAUUGCAACAGCAAGUGGCCCAUACACGGUUACAGAUCAUAUUCCAACAUAUGUGCACAUUUCACAAAAAAACAAUCGCAAUACCACAAAGAACAUCUACAUCAAGGACUUAGAUGUUAUCUUUGAAGUUAACCUUCAUGAUCCCAGUGAAUAUCUGAAAAAUGCUGCCAUAUCCUAUAGUUGGGAUUUUGGUGAUGGACAUGCGCUUUUAUCAAAAAGUCCAACUGUUCUUCACAACUUCACUAGUUCAGGGAAUUUCAAACCUAAAUUGAUUGUUGAGGCAAUUCUAUCAGUUUCCUGUAGCUCCAUUAUACCAACUACAUUGAGCCCAACUACAGAAGAGGGCACUACAACUGAAUUGAGCACUCCAACCAAAGGGAGCAUGACAACCGAUUGGAGCACCACGAUCAAACAGAGCACCACGAUCAAACAGAGCACUACGAUUAUAUCGAGCCCUACCACCGAACAGAGCCCUACCACCGAACAGAGCCCUACCACUGAACAGAGCUCUACAACUAAACUGAGCACUGUGACCAAUGCAGAUAUUACAACUGGUUCCACAACAACAAUUGCUUAUACCAAUGGUACAAACAGUCCACUGCAGCUUGAGAAAAGAGAUGUCUCAGAAUUAGCCUGUAAUCUUCACAGAUAUGGUUACUUUGAAACAAAUAUCACAGUUGUGGAUGGAAUUGUUGGAGUCAGCAUUGUGGAGGUGACCAGUGUUCAGAUCUCCACAGAACUUCAGCAGAACUCCAUGGUGAAUUUUGUUGUCACAUGUCAGGGCAGUAUACCUACUGACGUUUGCACUAUAAUUGGCGACAGUUCAUGCAUGGUGCUGCAAAACAUGAUCUGUGAACCUGUUGAGGCUGUUGAUACAUGUUAUUUGACCCUUCAUAGACGCUUCAAUGAAUCUGGCAUCUACUGCGUCAACAUCACAUUGAGCGAUAAUACCAGUUUAGCUGUGGCUAGUACUCUGGUAUCAAUUGAAGGUUCCAGCAGUAAUACAGGCCUGCAUGGUGUCUUAAUAUUUGGCAUUUGCCUGGUGAUUCUUAUUCUUGGUGCUGCCUCUUUCCUUUACAAGCGUUACAAAGAAUAUACACCAAUUGUUAGACGAUUGAAUGACAGAAGUAAACAACUGGUGGUGAAUAAUGGUGAUGCCACUGUGUACUUCAAUAACCUGAGAAACAAACUCUUCCUUGUGAAUGAUGAGAAGAGCCCAUUACUGAAGAAACCUGGAGUCAUUUAAUCAGAGAUACUCAUCUAACCGGAAGUGUGCUCCAGGAACAGUCAACUUUCUGUCUGAGUACUUGUGUUGCUUGUGCAAAUCUUGAAUAUAGAAAUGUUAUAUUAUAUGCUUAGCUCCUCUUUACAAGUGGAUUACAAUAUAAAUUACUUGAAAUCCAGCUCUCCUUCACGGUGCUUGAGGGUGUAAGUCUAUAUGUAUUUAUAAACGUUAUAAGCAACUGCAAAUGUUGGAGAUAAACUUUUUUAAUGCCAUUCUAAAGUUCAUUCCAUUCACUCCAACCAAAGGGUCUGUUUCCAUGCUGUACAUCUCUAUGACUCUCAUGAGAUGGUACAGUGAUGGCAAAAUGGCAGCACCUGGAUGCACAUACUGGAUUUCUAUUGACACCAAAUUGUUUCAGUUAAGAAUCUAUACAAAAGGGAUGUUCACAGAGACCCUUCUAGAAGUACUAGCUUUUGAGUUUCUGCACAUUUGCUUAGAUAUGAUAGUCAUAAAACUAACUUUUCUACUUGUAUCUCUCAGACUUGUGUCAAAAGUCUCCAAAACAGAUAAUGUCAAAUAA